UCGGAGAAGAAAGACGAAGGCUACGCUUAUUGCUUCUCUCCCCUAUUCUCAUUUCUGUCCCAACCUCAUUGCUUUCCCCUCCUCCUCCCUCAACCGCCCACGGCCUCUUGCCCCCAGGCGCUGCUCCUCCGACAACCCGAACCUCAUCUCCAUAUCCCGGCGGUCCUCGCCCCUUCUGCCUCUCCUCAGGCCUUCCUCGAGCCUCAUCUCCACGUCUGUAAGCAGACAUCCUGCUCCUCCGUCCUUCUCACCCAGAAGCUGAAGGAGAAGAUGGCAGUUCAGCUCUCCGGCCUGUGGCUGCAGCACUGUCCUUUAAUCCCCCUCGGCCGCCGGACGAAGCAACUCUGGCUCCCGACACCCUCCGCCUCCAUGUCCUCCUUGUCGGCUCCCUCCUCCUCUAUUCAGAUAGUUGGCGGAAGGAAUUCAGGUUGGCAUGGACAGGGGAACGUUAAUCUUGGUGGCGUGUCAGACUCCGAGCAAGAAUUCAAUUGGGUUGAUCUGGAUGCUGAUCUUUAUCACUGGACAAAGGGACUGCGUCCUGUUCAGUGGUACCCGGGUCACAUUGCCAAGACAGAGAAGGAACUCAAAGAACAACUUAAGUUGAUGGAUGUUGUGAUAGAGGUCCGAGAUGCCAGAAUUCCCAUGUCCACAAGCCAUCCACAGAUGGACUUGUGGCUCGGUAAUAGAAAAAGAAUCUUAGUGUUAAAUAGAGAAGACAUGAUAUCCACGGCCGACCGCAAUGCUUGGGCAAAUUACUUUUCAAAGCAAGGAGUGAAGGUUGUCUUUUCGAACGGGCAAUUGGGAAUGGGAACCAUGAAGCUAGUCUGUCUUGCAAAAACACUUGCAGCAGGCGUAAAUGUCAAAAGACGAGCAAGGGGUUUACUUCCUCGUCCUGUCCGUGCUGGAAUAGUUGGGUACCCAAAUGUCGGGAAAUCUUCUUUGAUUAAUCGUUUGCUGAAGCGAAGAAUGUGUCCAGCUGCUCCUAGACCUGGUGUUACGAGAGAACUAAAAUGGGUGAGAUUUGGGAAGGAUCUUGAGUUGCUCGACUCUCCGGGAAUAAUCCCUAUGAGGAUCAGCGACCAGUCUGCUGCUAUAAAACUUGCCAUAUGUGAUGACAUCGGAGAGAGAUCCUAUGAUGUUACUGAUGUGGCAGCAGUUCUCAUACGGAUUCUCUCGAGGCUUCCUGCAGCGGGUUUGAGUGUCCUUCAGAAGCGCUACAAGAUCGAUGCUGAUGGUCAUUCUGGACAUGUAUUUGUUCAGAAGGUUGCUCUGAACCUCUUCAAUGGGGAUACACACCAAGCAGCUUUCCGCAUUCUGACAGAUUUUCGUAAAGGAAAGUUUGGUUGGAUUGCACUGGAGAGACCUCGUUGAAAUCAUCAACAUCCCAUCUCCUUAAAUGUAAAUGAUUUGUGGUUCCCGACACUUCUCAACGAUCGGGACUCCUACCUAUCGCGAAUAACUGAAAUAUUUUGCAGGGACUCAUGAAGCUUUUCUAAGAUAAGGAAAAGAGGAGAAUGUUAAGAUCAUGAAAGAGCGGUGCUGGGCACUGAAUUAGCCAUAAUUGAUGUGGAGCCCUGCGCCUGCCAUAGUUAUACGGAUUUUCGGCUCGAUUUAUCAUGAUACCGAGGGAAACUCGAAUUUUUAGAGGAAGUAGUCGGAGGAAGGAGCCGAUCAGGUGUCACCCUUUGAAGGAAUCGAGCUUGUAUUGUAUCGGUAUAGCUGUAAUGCUAAGAUAACAGUGUUAUACACGCACACAUAUGUAUAUAUAUGUCCCUUUCAAGUCUUACGGUGUA